UGUCGACCAACAUGAACAGCACAGAGAAGCUGAAAAUCUUACUUUUCUGCGGUCUGGUACUGACCGUCGCGGCAGGAGAGAAGAAAAAGGCGGUCGAAAAGGAGUCGAAAGUCCAACCAAACGAGACGAAAACGAAGCGUGGUCUGGAGCUGAGUUUGGGUGACCACGGCUUCGGCGGUGGCUUUGGAGGAGGCUAUGGAGGAGGCGGAGGUCACGAGACGGUAUCCGCGGAACACAUCAAGGCGGUCACGGUCACGAAGACGGUUCACGUGCCGGAACCAAUCCCAUACGAGGUCACGAAGCACGUGCCCUACCCCGUAAAAGUCCCGGUCAAAGUACCGUACGACAAACCGUACCCCGUUUCCGUGCCACAACCGUACCCAGUAACCGUCGAGAAGCAUGUACCCUAUAUAGUCGAGAAGCCACAACCUUACCCUGUGCACGUACCUGUCAAGGUGCCCAUAGGUGUGCCGUACCCGGUCAAGGUGCCUGUCAAGGUGCCGUACACGGUGUCAAAGCCAGUGCCCUAUCCUGUUAAAGUGCCCGUGGUCGUGAAGGAGGCAGUACCCAUCCACGUGGAGGAGCACGGCGGAGGAUACGGUGGUGGAUUCGGCGGAGGAUACGGUGGUGGACACGAAAUCAGUCUGGGAGGUUUUGGACACCAUUGAAGUCGAAGGCUUCACCUCGAAGAGGCUGGAAGUCUUUGACCUUCUCUGCGUUCCGUUCGACGUGGGACGCGAUCGAUGAUUUCUGUGAAACCGGUCUCUUCCGGGCUCACGAGACGCGGAGCUGCUCGAAAAUCCAUCGCAAUCAGCGAAAGACGUCAAUCGAAUGCACCGAUAUUGUAUUCACCCGUGAUCCCAACCCAAAAUUGUAUUAUAUAGUAUGUUUUCUUUG